CAAGGAACAAGUGUGGUUGCAAAUCUUCCAGUCCUGAUGCAACAGAAUCCUGCAGAGACACUUCGGAGGGUUUUGCCAAAAAUCAGAGUCCAUGAGGAGGCACAUCCAGAGAAUGUGGCUCUGACACAUGAUUAUCCAGAGAGUGUGGAUCUGUGGAGGAGCUACCCAUUUGGAAUCUUGAGUUGUUGGAGGUCCUGCAUGUUGCAGGGGGAGAAAUGCAGUUAACAGCUGCUGUUGCAUUUUUGACUAUUCAACAAGAGGAGUCAGUGUCCAUUCAUACUUAUUCCCACUCCUUCCUACACAUCAUUCUACAGAAUCUGGAACACAGGGAUACAGGUGUCAGUAAUGCGUGGCUAGAAACUCUUCUUGCUGUAAUAGAAGUCUUGCCGAAAGAAACUAUCAGACAUGAGAUCCUGAAUCCACUUGUUUCCAAGGCACAGCUUUCCCAAACACUUCAGUCUCGCUUAGUUAGCUGUAAAAUAUUGGGAAAAUUAGCUAACAAGUUUGAAACUCAUAUCAUUAAAAGGGAAAUUCUUCCACUGGUAAAAUCGCUUUGCCAAGAUGUAGAAUAUGAAGUUCGAUCCUGCAUGUGUCGGCAACUGGAACAUAUAGCUCAAGGAAUAGGGACAGAACUAACAAAAAAUGUAGUGCUUCCUGAAUUAGUAGAACUAGCGAGAGAUGAAGGCAGCAGUGUGCGUCUUGCAGCAUUUGAGACUUUAGUUAAUCUGCUUGAAAUGUUUGAUGCAGAUGACAGAAGUCAAACUGUUCUCCCUUUAGUGAAAUCAUUCUGUGAAAAAUCCUUCAAAGUGGAUGAAUCGAUUCUUGUUUCUUUGUCUUUCCAUUUAGGGAAACUAUGUAAUGGACUAUAUGGAAUUUUUACUCCAGAGCAACACUUGAGAUUUUUGGAAUUUUACAAGAAACUUUGCACACUGGGUUUACAGCAGGAAAAUGGACACAAUGAUAAUCAGAUACAACUUCAAACCCUAGAGCAAGAAAAGAAGUAUAUAUCAGUAAGGAAGAACUGUGCUUACAACUUUCCAGCCAUGAUUGUUUUUGUGGAUCCAAAAAACUUCCAUUUGGAACUAUACUCUACAUUUUUCUGUCUUUGUCAUGACCCUGAAGUGCCAGUCAGAUACACUAUGGCUAUUGGCUUGUAUGAAGUUGCUAAGCUUUUAGAUUCGGGUGUGUAUGUAAUACAUAAAGAACUGGUAACACUACUGCAGGAUGAUUCAUUGGAGGUAUUAGAUGCACUGAUAAGUCACCUUCCUGAAAUUCUUGAACUUAUGACUACUGGAGGAGAAAACAGUGGAUCGGAAAGCAAGUUAUUGACUGUCCCUGACUUGAUUCCGGCACUAACGACUGCGGAACAGAGAGCAGCAACUUCUUUAAAAUGGAGAACUCAUGAGAAGUUACUACAAAAAUAUGCAUGCCUGCCUCAUAUCAUAUCAAGUGAUCAGAUUUAUUAUCGUUUUUUGCACAGAAUGUUGACAAUCAUUAUGACAAAUAAUGUUCUCCCUGUCCAAAAAGCAGCUGCUCGAACUCUCUGUGUUUAUUUACGCUAUAAUCGCAAACAAGAACAGAGGCAUGAAGUCAUUCAGAAAUUGAUUGAACAGCUGGGCCAAGGAAAAAGUUACUGGAACAGACUUCGUUUUUUAGAUACCUGUGAAUUCAUUAUGGAACUGUUUUCCAAAUCAUUCUUCUGUAAAUACUUCUUUCUACCUGUGCUUGAGCUUACCCACGAUCCAGUAGCAAAUGUGAGAAUGAAGCUUUGCUAUUUGUUGCCAAAAGUGAAAUCUACUCUGAAGGUCCCCACAGACAAACAUUUACUUCAGCAGUUAGAGUUGUGUAUAAGAAAACUUCUGUGUCAGGAAAAAGAUAAAGAUGUCUUGACUAUUGUAAAACGAACGGUGUUAGAAUUGGACAGAAUGGAAGUCUCUGUGGAUGCUUUUCAGAAAAAGUUUUAUGAAAAUGAUUUGUUGGAUCAAGAGAAAGAAAGAGAAGAACAGCUCUUGUUGGAAAUGGAACAAUUAGAAAAAGAGAAGCAGCAGAAUGAGGGAAGGUCUACCAGUAUCAGUGAUAAAAUAUUUGAAAAGAAGCGUAGAGACAGUAAAACAUCAUCAACUUUGUCAAAAAGUAUAUCUCUUUCUGUUUCUGGAAGCUCUUCAAGUGCAUCAACAAGCAAAGAAGGGAAGAAAUCUAAGUUGGUUCGAAGCCAUUCUUUCAGUACGCAAGCACUGCAUCCAAAAUAUGGCAACAUAGACAAGUGUUCUAAUAAAAGUUCUGCAACAGGAUAUACUUCUUCUAUACCAGGAGUAGGAAAGAGUUCUAUGCUACCAUUUAGUGAUGAUUCAUUCCGGACUCGUUCCACCAAUAUUAGUGGGAAUGCUGUCUUUUCUUCCACUGCCUCCGUAGCAAUUUCCUCCCGUAAUACAGCUAACUCAAUUGACCAAAAGAACAAUGGGACUAAAGAGAGUCAUUCACGAAAGAUGAGCUUAAAAAACAGAAAAUCAAACUCUUAGAUCGUCUGACAGAAAAGGAAGCACACCAAAGACUGCUGGAGGCAAAGUGAUUUUGUGAUAACAAAGGUUGGAGCUACAGCUGGGGAAUCUGAUGACUGGACAGGAGAAACUUAGUGCAUCUUGCAAUGUUAAAACCUAUCUUUUAAGCAAAUUCCUAAGUUGUAAAAUAACUCCAUAUAAAUAAUGUAAUGGUUGCAGAAUUCCAAUGUUGUAGUGAAGUGUUAAUGAAAUGUAACUUUAGCUAUGUGCUUUAACUGCUGCAGCUAAAGAGAUAGGGUUUUUGUUCUUCAAUUAUGCCUUUGUAGUUCAGAUUCUUGGAUUUAGGAUGCAAAUGUCCUACUUAAAUGUACUUAUUUAGGGUUUUAGCCGUUCCUGACAUCCAUUUGUUAUGGAAGAAAAAAAUAGCUGAAAUUGUUCUGUAUAUGGGUUUAACCAAGAAAUUAAUUUCACCUUUUAAGGACUCUUCAAACUCAAUUUAAACUAAAAUCCAGAAGUACCACUAAGAAGCUGUCUUGAAGCAUAAACUGAAAUAAGAUUGUGCUGUGAAUUGGGAUGUGGUAUCACUACAAAUACUAACUCAAGUUUAUACAAAUCCUUUACAAGUUUUCCAAAAAUGUUAAGAGCAAAUACCUCCAAACAAUAUCAGAAUUAUUUCUUUUGUUUCAUAGGACAAUUUUGUUGUAUAAAUACAUUGUUUCAUUUUUAGUAUUUCAGACUGUAUUUUCUCUUUACCUAAUAAUUUUAAAAUGAUGAAUCUAGUUUUUAAUUAACUGUUAUUCCAAGCUAUCAUGCUUUAGCUUUGUCAACAUUUGUUUGUAUUAAUGUUUCUAUCAAAAUUUGCCUGUGAAAAACAUGCAGUUCUAUUUAAAAAGUUCUAUUUAUGCCAAUACUUGAGAGAUAUUGUAUGAAGCUAUUGUCAGCUUCUCUAUUUCAAAAUGCAAUCAGCAUAACUAUAUUGAUAUCAGAAAAUAUCUGUUUUUUAAAUCUAUUGGUGUAUGAUAAAGAUGAUCUAAUUUGUGAAUGCAUGUGUGUGUGGUUAGUUUUUACCAUGUGAAAUAAUGAAUGAUUAAUUUACUCAAAAUAAAACUUAGGAUAAUGCAGUACUUGCAUGUUUCUGGAAAAAAGAGUUAUUUUUUGCAAUGUUUAUUUUAUAA